GUUUUGCUCAAAUGGUGCCAUUAAACGCUAAAGGGUAACUACUCAUACAAUGCUCGAUACAAUAUGAAUAACAGUUGUCAAAUUUAUUUUACAUUUUCUGUACAAAACACAGUUAUUACUGGAAAAAAGUGUGACACAAAAGAACCGGAAGUCAAACAUUUGUUGUCACUAGAUACAUGCGGUCUGGCAAAAGUUCAAAAGAAGAUAGUAUUUUAAAGUUUGACAGUGAGAGUGAAAGUAGACCAGCUGUUUACAUGUUACAUUAAUUGCAAUUUGAAGUGAAAAUGUUUCAUAUGUUUUUGUGAAUAUUGGCAUAGAUAAACAAUGUGGAGAAAUUAGUGGUAUAUUACCAAUUGGAUCAAGAAUAGCCUAUUAAUUAUUUAAUAAAAAGGCAUUAAAAGCCAGGGACAUAAUUAUAGUCCACAAUGGAGAAAUAUGAAAACUUGGGAUUAGUUGGUGAAGGAAGUUAUGGAAUGGUAUUAAAAUGUCGACAUAAAGAAACUGGACAGCUAGUAGCUAUUAAAAAGUUUUUAGAAAGUGAAGAUGAUAAAAUGGUGAAGAAGAUUGCUCUUAGAGAAGUCAGAAUGUUAAAGCAACUACGACAUGACCACCUAGUCAAUUUAAUAGAAGUGUUCCGUAGAAAGAAAAGACUUUAUUUAGUUUUUGAAUUUGUUGAUCAUACUGUGUUAGAUGAACUAGAAAAAUGUCCAAAUGGAUUAGAUGAAAACACUGUUCGUAGAAUAUUGUGGCAAGUCUUAAAAGGAGUAGAAUUUUGUCAUGUACAUAAUAUCAUUCAUCGAGAUGUAAAACCAGAAAACAUUUUAGUUAGUAAAUCAGGUGUAGUAAAAUUAUGUGAUUUUGGUUUUGCACGAACGCUUGCACAACCUGGAGAAUCAUAUACAGAUUAUGUUGCUACAAGGUGGUAUAGAGCACCAGAAUUACUAGUCGGAGAUACAAAAUAUGGAAAAGCUGUGGAUAUAUGGGCAAUAGGUUGUUUAUUAUCAGAAAUGCUAACUGGUGAACCAUUGUUUCCUGGAGAUUCAGAUAUUGAUCAACUAUAUCAUAUAGUUAAAUGCUUUGGUAAUCUUACGGCUCGCCACAAAGAAGUGUUCCUCAGAAACCCAUUGUUUGUUGGUAUGAGAAUCCCUGAAGUAAAGGAAACGGUGCCAUUAGAAAAGAAAUUUAAUAGAAUAUCCUCUAAUGCUUUAGAUUUAAUGAAGCAAAGUUUACGACUAGAUCCUGACGAUAGACCUACAUGUACACAGUUACUGAAACAUGAAUUCUUCCAGAAAGAUGGUUUUAUUACACGAAUUCAACAUGAUCUGAAACAGAAAGUACACAGAGAGACACACAAUAAUCCAUUAAUAAAAACAUCGUCUAGUGAAAAGGAGGAUGGUGAUGAUGCUAAGGGAUCAAAUAUCAAGAAAAAGAAGAAAAUUAAUGAUCUUAAAGAUAAUAAGGAUGCUAAUAAAAAAGACAACAAAAAGGAAACAGAAAAACUAGCUAAAAAGACUUCACAACAAAACACGAGUUUGACCCCUGUAAAUGCUAAAUCACCAUCUGGGGAUAGUCAGAAGGAAAAAGAGAAAAAUAACCAGCGUGAAAAGGAAAAGACAAUGAUCAAAGACUCAAAAGUGUCUAAUAAUGUCAAAGAAAGAGACAAUAAAAUUAUCAAAGACCAAACAAAAGACCGAGAAAAAAAUGAUAAAAUUGAUAGAAAAAGUGACAAAGAAAAUGAGAAGGAUGUAAAAGAAAAUGGUGAAGGAAUAAAAGAGACAACACCUUCGAUACCUCCUAUUGCUAAUAAUGCUGGUCAGACUAAUCAUAUCUCUACUACAAACAAUCCACAGUCAAUGCCUUCAAUAACCAGCAGACCAGUUCUUGUCAUUAAAUCCCAGUGCUUUAACUUUUUAAGUCCUUUUCCUAGUAUGUCACCUUUUACGCCUACAAUGUCGCCAGGUUCGUUCACGCCUAGUUUGUCGCCUAGUGUUGCCUCUGUACAAAUGGCAAGUCCUAUAGCGAACUCGCCAAUAUUUUUUGGUCCUCCCCCAUUAAGAGAUCGAGGGACACCUCAGGCAUGUUGGAUAACUGAGUUACGAAGAAAUGCAAGGUAUAACGGGAAUGGCUGUUACAAGAAAAUUGAGAUGGUCAGUGAUAAAAUGGUGAAGAAGACACCUUCCCAUAUGCAGAAGAAAAACCUAACAAAUCACCAUAGUAGUACUUUAAGUCCACAACCAUUCCAAUCAGAAAAAAGUUUUCUUCAUGAAAAACUCAAGUCAAAAAGUCCAGACAAAAGAGAAAAAGAAGGUCUUAGUUUUCCUGAAGUAAAAGGUGCUGAAGCUCAUCCUACAAAAACAAAACCACUGCAGCCUAAACAAAGAACAACCAUUGCUCAAAUACCUCACAUAACAAAUAUAGAUCCCUUUCCUUUUGCAAAUGCGGACACCAACGGUAAUGGUAAUGACAAAGAUGACAAUCUUCCUACUGUAUGAUGAUGAACAGCAAUCAAAAACCAAAAUCUGACCUCAGGGAUAACCUUCAUUAUAUCAGUGAUUGGUCAGCAGUAUCUUUUUGUUAACAGUAUAUCACAUAUUAUACUGUCAGAAAUUCAAAAUACAAAAAGUGAGCCUGAUGAGACAGGUCGUCAGUUUUGUCAGCAAAACAUUUUGACAUUCUAAUGACAGAAAAAUAUCAAAGACACAUAUCAAAUAGAUAUCAACCAAUAUUUCCAAAAAAGUUAAGUAAAUUUUUAACUGGUUUAUAUUUUUUUCCCCUGAAGUAUGUAAGUAGAGGUGUGAAAAGCAUUUCAAAAUAGGGCAACUCUACAAUUUAAUAAAGGGAGAAGAACUCAUUUUGACAAGGGAGAUAAUUAAACCUUUUGAAGAUCUUAUUUAACAAGGGAGAUAAUUUGAUUUUAUGACAAUCUCAUUCUGACAGUUUUAUGGUUGAUUGUUGAUACUGAAAUCAUUAUCUUUAUUUACUUUUUCACUAUGUUCCUGUAUUAAAAGUAAAUAAAAACAAACUUAUAUUGGCUAAAUUAUUGAAUUGUUACAGGAUUAUUGCUGUAAAUAAUAUCAAGUGGUUUAUAUGUCAGAUAUCUUUAAUAUAUAUAUAUAUAUAUGAUAAGUACUAAUUCAUGUGAUAAUUGUAUAUGUGCCAAUUAUACUCAGUCUUCUUUUAAGUUUGCAUUUAUUUUUAUUAUAUGUAAAGUUAUAUGCAUUUUGAAAUUUAAAAAGCAUAAAAGGUAUUCUGCAUUUUCAAUUUCAUAAUGAAAUAUGGAGAGCAUUUUCAGUAUUAUUUGUAAAUUGUCCAAAUAUUAAUAUAUGCACUUUAUUUUGAUAUUCCAUGUACAGAAUAUUGAGUGUUGUUCAUAUCAGUUCCAAUAUCAUAUCCCAUAUCAAUCUUAAAUGUCCAUAUCAGCUCAAUAAGUUAUUAUAAGGAUGUUAGCUGGUUUUUAUUUUACUUUUUAGAAUCCUCUUGUUUUAUCUGUUUAGUGCUAUUAUCAAUUAUGCCCGCUUACUCCUAUUUAUUUCUCCUUCCAUACUUUUAUUGCAUUUUGUUUAGAAAGCAGUUUUGAAAAGUUCUCAAAAAAAGGUGUCAAUAUUAAAGUAUAAAAAAUCUAACAGACGUCAUUUCCCCCCAAAAAGUGUCAAUGGCACAUAUCUCAAAAUCAUCAACACUGACAUUUUAUUUUUGCCAGUUUUGUAGUUCCUUUCUUUGUAUGUUAUUGGAAGAGCAGUCUUUUAAAAACUUAUGAGUUUGAAACAGAGCAGCCAAUAUCCUUAAGAGCCUGUUAUUAUAUCUGUUUUUUUUUAUAUGUAUCCAUCAUAUCCAUUGGUCUCAAUCAUCACAGUAAAUGAUAUGUGUUUAGUCCAUGUAUGCAAAAAAUCAUAUUUAUUACAAAAUUUGUAAUUACCUACAAAAAUUACCUACAAAAAAAAGUUCAUGCCCCGCUGCCAGUUGAAAUAUACACUUUCCUCAAUCCACAUAUUUGAAUUGAGUCCACAGUAAUCUAUUUGAAAAGGAGGUAAACUUUGUAUUUGUAAUGCAAUGGUUUUUCCAAUGUUUUUUUUUUAUUUGAUAGUGCCAAGGAUUUAUAUAGUAAUAUAAAUCCUUGAUAGUGCAUUGUACAUUGCCUACUUAUUUAUUUUAAAAUUGUAAAUAUAGUUCUGUUACUAACUGAAUGUAAAUGUGCAAUUCUAACAAAUUUUGUAAUAAUAUUAUAUAUUGCAAUAAUUAUAUAAUAUUCUUUAUCUAAAAAAGCUGUUAAUAAAAAUAAUUUAUAUAAAUUACAUACAAAUGGUUGAAAGGUAAAUUUGGCAAAAUAAAAAAACCAUUCUGCUGAGUGCCAGCAGAAAUGCAACAAAACUUAAGUCAAGUCCCCUGUUAUUGUAAUGCUUUCUUCAAAUAUUUGUAUACGCUUUACUUGAACAUGGUCUUUGGUCUUCCAUCAAUUUUUUGUUGAAUUUUUUUUUCAAUGUAACCAAACUGUACCAAACACCAGGAAUAAAUGAUAAACAUUUAAUUUUUAUGCCCCUGCCGUGGCAAAGGGGGCAUUAAAUUUUACCCUCGUCUGUCUGUACAACCCAAAAUGGUUGCCGUUCACAUUGUAUAUACAAGGGAGAUAUAAUAACAGCUAACUAAAACAGAAUGAAAUAUUUAUUGGCUAAUUGAUCAUCCAUUCUUUUCAAAUUUCUCCAAUUGUUUCGGAAAAGUUAAAAAAUUAAGGGUUUGGAUGUGUAUUUCUUCUUAAUUAUGAAAAAUAAUAUUCUUUUUUUUUUCUCACCAUUUGUUUAUUCAUGCUAAAGAUUUACUUUUGUUAAUUUUUUUUUUAAUUGUACAUCAAAUUGUCAUUUUAUGAUCAGAGAAAUGUAUUAUAUCUGUAAACAAGGCUUUCUGUAUUAUCUAUAAAUGUAUUUGUUAAAAUAUGCACAACACUAUAUCAAAAUAAAUCAGUAUUAAACAUUUUAACUAUGUUAAUAGUAGUAUAUGCCUAGCUUUGUUUUAAUGUUGAAAAAUGGCAUAUGAAACCAAAUUCAAACCAAUGCAGUUGAGAUGUUUUUAUCAUGGAUGCUUAGUUUGAUAGUCUUAAAUAAAUAUCAGUAUUUCAAAGUAUAUACAAAGUGUUUUGUAUGCAUUUAAUAGAAUUCACUUAUUUUCAAUCGCAAAUGUAAUAUGAUUUUGAAAAAGCCGCUUUAUAUAAUGAAAUAGGUCAUUUGUAUGCAUAAAAUUAGUGUGUACUGUAAGCCCAAGUUUCUGUGAUUUUAUGUUUGAAAGAAGACAGUGUGAGAUUGUGAAACCUAUAUGUCUUUAACUCUGUAUUAUUCUAUUAUAUUAAUUUUCAAUGAUUUAAAUAUUGGUCAAAAUCUUGAAUUGUGAUAAGGUAUAUUUAUUUUGUUGUCUUUUUUAAAAUGUAACUAUUAUAUAACUAUCACUAGAUAGAUAUAUGUUUCAUUUGAAUAGAAAAAUGAUGAAAGAGAAAUGAAUAUGUGCAUGAAUUAAUUUGAAAAUUUACUUUACAAUUCUGGAUUGCAGUUAUUUUAGCUUGUAAAUUUCUUGUUUUUUCAUUCUUUAAACAUUGAACCAAUCAAUCAAUCAUUUUAACAUGUUUAAAUAUAAGAAUACAGAAACAUUAUAUUUUUAGUUUUAAAAAUUAAGCCACUUCAGCUGGCUGUAUUUUUAUUAUUUCAUUUUGUUGCCAAGAAACCAUUACUGUUUACAAGUUUAUGUGAUUUAGGAGUGUGAAUGAUUUUUUUUUAAAGGUAUUUAAUUGUAUGUGCCAAGAGUAUUUAUAUGUGAAGAUAUUCAGUAUCGUUUUGAAAUGAAUCGGACUACUCAUUUUGAAUAAACAUAUUGUUAUUUGUUUCAUUUCUUUUGAAAAUUAUUGUUCACAAAAUAUCACAUGUUUAUAUAAAAUGUUGUUUUGUUGAAAUGAGAAAAAAAACUCAUGUUUUCACAAUAUUGGGUGCUUUCUCAAAUGAAGAAAGAAUAAAAACUGAACAUCCA